UGGAGUGGCGGUGUUGGUUUGUUUUGAUGGUUGGAAGCUUUUGAAACGAAGAAAUUGGAAAUUUGUGAAAUUUCUAAUCAUUCUUUUACCUCGUUUAUAACUAUAAAGUUUCAUCCGGAGAAUUAAAUAACAUAUAUACUAAAUAUGGAUGAAAGUAAGAAGAAUAAGGAACGAAAUGUUAUUGUUCCCAAAACUUGCACGGAUUUGCAGCGAAUGAGGUUAGAACGAUUGAUGGAAAAUCCUGAUAAGCCUGUAAUAAUUCCGGAUCCACCAAAAGAGAAGAAAAGUAUAUCAGUACCAGAGUUUGUUAGGAAUGUAAUGGGAUCAAGUGCUGGUGCUGGAAGUGGAGAAUUUCAUGUGUAUAGACAUCUAAGAAGGAAAGAAUAUGCUCGUCAGAAAUAUAUAGAUGAAAAAGCAGCCAAGGAAAGAUUAGAUGUAGAAUUUCAUAGAAAAAUAGAGGAAAAUAAAAGAAAAGCUGAAUUAAAGACAGCAAAAAAAAGAGCCAAAAGGUAAUAUAUUUUUGUAUCUCAAUUAUUAUUUUUUAAACUAAGAUUUUAAAAUGAUAUGAAUAAAUUUAAAGUUGUUAUAAUGAUGUAAUUUGUUUUCAGUAAUUCAGAUUCUGUUUGUAAUUGUAGUUGAACUGAAACUAACUAGGCAUAAUCCUGCACAUUACAAAGAAAAAAAACUGAAUGUGAAUAAACAAACAUAUGCUAUAUAUAAUUAAUGUAUAUGUAUUUAAUAAGUGUGUGUGUUUUUUGUUUGUUUGUUAGUAAAUUCUAGAAUUUUUCAAUAACAGCAUUUUAUAACAUCAUAUGAUUAAUUUUACCAGGUUCUCAAAAUUAUAUUGCCUGUUCAAUCCAGUAACUCUUAAGAAAUUAUUCCUUAUAUAACAUGUUUAUUAUAUUAAAUAUCAAUUUAAAAUUUUGAAAGCAAAAUUUUAAAUGUAUAUUGAAAAUCAAAAUAAUAUACUUAUUGUAUAAUAAAGCUACAUUUGCAAGCAAUAACAAAGCUACACAAAAAGCCUCACUGACAUGAAAUAUUGAGUAGAAACAGAUGUAUUACAAAAAAAUUAAUAGUACAGUAAAAAGAGAAUGUCAAGUAAGUUAAAAUAAAAUUUCAAAAGAUUUCAUUGGAGAAUUGUAAAAUGAUUAACUUUUGUCAAAGACUGCUGUGUAGUGGCUGUUUAUAUCAAGGGUUAUAUUCUAAAUAGCCUGUUAAGGAAAUUUAGAGUGUAAAAAAGAAAACUGGUGGCUUUCUCAACAAUUCUACCAACUAAAAGAAGAAUAAACUUGAACAUGUGAGUGUUGAUAGAUUAAGAGUUUUAUAAUAGCUGAUGAGAUUGCCAUAAGAUGGACCAACACACUCUCAUAAUUAAUCUGAAACCCUGCCAAUUGAAGUUGGCCAGCGUUAGGAAUGCUAAAUUGCCAUCCUGGGACUUGAAUGCAAAAUUGAAAGAAAGAAGCCUUUGAGAGGUAGAACCAGUGGGAGGAGGAGACUCAUGGUACCAGACAACAGGUAGAUGCAAAUUACUUACAAACAACCCAGAAAAUACUUGCUGUAAUGAUGAUUUUGUAUAAUUUUCAAUGAACUCAUUGUAUUUUAAUUGAAUAAAACAUUUGAUUUGAUGGGUCCCUGCUUGUACUUUUAGGAUUGAUUAAUAUUAUCAUUACACUAUAUGAAUUUUUAGAAUUAUUAAUCACAAUCAGGAAGUUAUUCAUUAAUCUUCUUAUUUAAGGAUAUCUUUUUGUAAAAUAAGAUAUUAAUAUUUAUAUUCUAGAUUAAAAAGAAAAGAAAAACUAAAGGCAAAGAAACAGAAAAAAACUUCAAAUACAAAUGAUGAAAACAAGAAAUCUGAUGAUGAUAGUGAAGAUGAUACUGAUAAUGACAGCAAAAAUGACAGUAAUAACAGUGACAAUGAAAACAACAACAGUAAAGAAAAUGAAAGCAGAGAUGAAUGAUAAUUUCCAACUUUUGAAGAAUGAUAAACAGUUUGGUAAAUUAUGAAAUGAAAACAUUUGUAAAUAAUUGUAAAAAGUGUGGAAAUUAUUAAAUGUAUGUAUUAAAAUAUUUUUAUUUAAAAAAGAAAA